AUGGCUUCUACAACACAUGCGGACGACACUCUUCACGUCGCCAUCGCCGGCGCCGGUAUCGCGGGCCUGGCGGCUGCCGUUGCGCUCACACGAAACUUCGGCUCGCGCGUCGACGUGCAGCUGUACGACAAGGCCACGGCGCUGCGCGAGAUUGGCGCGUCCAUCGCCCUGGGCCCGAAUGGGCUCCGUACGCUUGAGAAGCUGGGCGUGGAGAAUGCGCUGGAUGAUGAUGUUGCGUUUAGGGGCCCGAGUGGGCUGCCAAUGAUUUAUCGGCACUGGAAGACCAAUGAGAUUGUAUCAUACGACGAAUUUGUGAAUGUGCCCGAGAGACGUCACCAGACAGCGCGGUUCGCGCGGGCACAUCUGCAUCAGAGCUUGCUGGAGCACGUCGAUCCAGCGCGGAUCCAUCUGGGGAAGAAGAUCGUUUCCGUUAAGGAGGAGGCUGGUAAUGAGGGGCCUUUGGUGCUGAAGUUUGCAGAUGGCUCCGAGACUAAGGCGGAUUUUGUGGUGGGCGCAGAUGGAAUCAACUCUGGCGUGAGGAAGUUCUUUGUUCCUGAGCAGAAGCUGGGCUGGACCACUCAAGUUGCAUACAGAGCGGUGUUCGACGCAUCGUUGGUGGAAGGAACACCGGACCUACCUGAAGACUCGACACACUGGUGGGGCCCAACCGGCAGCUUCUUCGCGUCAAGACUCGGCAAGGGCCAAUUCACCACCGUCGGCAUCAUCUCGCUCGACCCCUCAGACCCAAAGAACGCCGCCAUCGUCGACAACGCCCGCUGGGACAACCUCGCCGACAUCAACUUCGUCCGCGAGCUGUACAAGGCAAGCAACACCAUCACCAAUCAAAAAGAACCUCAAACGUUGACAGCUGCUGGAAAUCAGGACUGGCACCCCCUCAUCCGCACCCUCUUCGCCCGCACCCCGGCGUCCAGCAUCCGCGUCUACCCCAACCUCGCCAUCACCGCGCCGCUGCCCGCCCACACCUUCCUCGGCGGCCGCGCCGUGCUGAUCGGCGACGCCGCGCACCCGCACGGCGGCGCCUUCGCCACGGGCGGCUCGCUGGCCCUCGACGAUGCGUACGCGCUGGCGCAGGCGCUGCGGGCCGUCUGGCCGGGGCCGUCGUCCGGAACCGCGGCUACUGCUGCUGCCGGUGGCGGUGGAAAACCUGCGAAGGACCGCUUGGCGCAGGCGACGCGCAUCUACGAGAAGGCGAGGAAGCCGCAUACGACGAGGCUGUUGACGGUCGUGCAUGCGUUGACGGAGAAGAGUAAGGAGCGGUUAAGGCGGAGUGAUGGAGGGGUGGAGACGGAUGAGGAGCUCAGGAAGAGGAUGAAGGCGAGGGCGGAGACGAGUUGGUUGCACGAGCAUGAUGUGGAUGAGGCGGUGAGGAGGGCUGUGGAGGCCGAGCUGGGUGCUGUAGGUGGUGCAGGGAGCGUGGAGGCGAGGUUGUAG